AUGGCAGGAAUCAGUCUCCAUAGGAAGCCUGAGUUAUCUAGAUGUCUGUUUAAAGAAGGGCAGGGGUCUGACGAGGCAGCAAAGGAAGCGAUACAGCUAUACGCGGCUCUCCUCGCAAAUGAGAUGGAUCUUUACUACUGUAGCGUUGAUAUGGCCGAUCCUUCCUUGAGCAUCAAAAUAUACUUGGCCGGAGUGGAAAUUCCCGAGGUCGGUUCUGACGUAAGCUGGUCCGCAGAUAGUCAAGAUGUAUCAGAUGGUGUUACGUAUAUAAAUAUUGACAAAGUUCUCCCGAAACUCCAGUCUUGGCUAGCAAGUGAAAGUGGUCUACCACAACAUGAUCAUCUCAUGGCUUUAUCGACGAUUGAACUGGCAGAUUUUAACUACAAACCUGUUGAAACCGGUGUUGCGGGAUAUGCCUACGUUGGAACAGUCUGCUCCUCAACAGGAAAGGUGUCUAUUUCGGAAGUAGAUGGAUCCCGUGUGGCCCUGAUUGCCUCUCACGAACUUGGUCACGGGUUAAAUGCUAACCAUGACAGUGGGGAUUGCCCAAAUGGGGCUAAAAACAUCAUGACGACUUCAUUUUCAAGUACAACAAAAGUCGGGUAUGCUGAAGCCCAGUGGACCUUCUCUACCUGUAGCGUGGCUGCCUUUAAAUCUUUUAUUGACAGUCUUGAUAGUAACUGUUUGAAACAGCAUGCGUUCAGUGGUUCUGAGUUUGCAGAGCUUCAGGCGAAAUCUCUUCCGGGUACAGUCUAUUCUCUGGACCAACAAUGUCAGAUGUACAACGGAAUCUGGUCGUCAUCUUGCGACACAACUCUAAGUGAAUCUGAUUGCUACGAUGGGUUUCAUUGUUCAACAAGUUCUGACUUACCGGCCGGCUGCUUGACCGGUUUCUAUCCACUAUACCCGUUCGCCGGGACGCCGUGUGGAGCUCCAGAGGAUAAUAAGUGGUGCUAUCGUGGUCGUUGUGUCCAAAAAUCAACGGAAGCAACUACAACUACCUCUACAACUACAAGUUCAACAACAUCUACCACAACUUCUUCCACAACGUCUUCUACAUUAUCUACUACUAUUUGCACAACAAGUUCUACAUCCACUACCCCUUCAACCUCCACUUCCACGACAUCUUCAACUUCACCAACUACAUCAACAACACCUUCGACCACUUCUUCUACAACAACAAGCCCAACUACUACUUCAACCACUCCGUCUACAACUACUACUUCAACCACUCCGUCUACAACUACUACUUCAACCAUUCCGUCUACAACUACUACUUCAACCACUCCGUCUACAACUACUACUUCAACCACUCCGUCUACAACUACUACUUCAACCACUCCGUCUACAACUACUUCUUCAACCACUCCGUCUACAACUACUACUUCAACCACUCCGUCUACAACGUCAACAACGACUCCAACGCCGUGUAAUAAGAAAAAGAAAUGCUGUGUGAAGGUUGGGAAAAAGAAGAAGUGUUGCAAAGGAACCACAUGUUGUAAAAAAUCCUUUACCUGGGCUGUUGAAACAGAAUGCUAUAAAUCUUGUUGCAUCUCGACAGGAACAACGGCUGCUCCUACGCCAACACCAUGCUAUAAAAAGAAAUGCUGCACAAAGCAGAACAAGAAGAAGGUGUGUUGCAAAAAAGCUGAUUGCUGUAAAAAGUCGUGGGGUAAAGACACCAAAUGCUGCUUAACAUGCAAGUAGAUAUGAAAUGUCAUUUGCUCACAGAUGUUUACCGAGCACAAAAAGAGCGACAAUUCAAUUUACUGGAAGAAAUUUCACAUAAGAAGAAGUAAACUUUGUUUGAAAAUAAAAAUAAACUUCUAUAACAUUAA